AUGGUCAACUCUUGUGGUUCCACCUGCUCUGACCAGGGCUGUGGCCAAGGCUGCUGUCAGGAGACCUGCUGCCGCCCCAGCUGCUGCCAGACCACCUGCUGCCGCCCCAGCUGCUGUGGCUCCAGCUGCUGCCGCCCCUCUUGCUGUGGCUCCAGCUGCUGUGGCUCCAGCUGCUGCCGGCCCUCCUGCUGCCCCUGCUGCUGCCUCCGCCCAGUCUGUGGCCAGGUCUCCUGCCCCACCAACUGCUAUCGCCCCACCUGUGUCAUCUCCACCUGCCCCCGCCCCAUCUGUUGCAGGCCCAGCUGCUGUGUGUCCAAUUGCUGCCGUCCAGUCUGCUGCCAGACCACCUGCUGUCGCCCAGCCUGCUGUGGUUCCAGCUGCUGCAGGCCUACCUGCUGCAUCUCUAGCUGUUGCCGCCCCACCUGCUGCCAGACCACUUGCUGCAGAACCACCUGCUGCCGCCCCAGCUGCUGUGUGUCCAGCUGCUGCCGCCCCUCCUGCUGUGGCUCCAGCUGCUGCCGCCCCUCCUCCAGCUGCUGCAGGCCUACCUGCUGCAUCUCUAGCUGUUGCCGCCCCACCUGCUGCCAGACCACUUGCUGCCGCCCAGUCUGCUGACUGCCCUGACCUGUGCCCACUGGUUUUCGUCAGCCAAUCCUCUUGAUGUAGUUUAACUGAACUGAGUCAUGAGAGGCCAAUUGUAAAACCUGUUUCAACUGAUUCUUAAACUGACUUUGGCCUCCAAACACACAGCCUCCUCCCCUCCUUCUUGCCCCCACCCCACCAUGUUACUAUCUGUCUCCCAAAUGAACACAA